UCUUUAAAUUAUAUUGCUGAAAAGCAUGACACCAGAAAUUUGAUCCAACUUUUGCCUACAAGUAUUAAUAACUCAACAACUGAGCACAUCAGGAGAAGAAGAGGGAGAGAGAGGAUGUCGGACUUGGAGUUUUCUCUCCUUGUUCUUCCCUCCAUCUUGGCUUCACUUCUCUUUUUUCAUCUCCUUCUAAGAAGAAACCAAAAAUCCUAUCAUCUUCCACCUGGCAACAUGGGCUGGCCUUUACUCGGUGAAAACAUUGGCUACUUGAAGCCAUAUAAAGCUACCACAAUAGGAAAAUUCAUGGAGGAACACAUAUCAAAGUAUGGGAAAAUAUACAAGUCCAACUUAUUUGGUGAACCAACAAUAGUUUCAGCUGAUGCUGGACUAAAUAGGUUCAUUUUACAGAAUGAAGGAAGAUUGUUUGAGUGCAGCUAUCCUAGAAGUAUUGGGGGAAUUCUUGGAAAGUGGUCGAUGUUGGUUUUAGUUGGAGAUAUGCAUAGAAACAUGAGGAUCAUAUCUUUGAACUUCUUGAGCAAUGCUAGACUUAGAACUCAUUUGUUACAAGAGGUUGAAAAGCAUACCUUGCUAGUGUUAGGAUCUUGGAAGCAGAAUUCUGUUAUUUGUGCUCAAGAUGAAGCAAAAAAAUUCACGUUCAACUUGAUGGCUAAGCAUAUCAUGAGUUUGGAUCCUGGAAAGCCAGAGACUGAACAGCUGAAGAAAGAGUACAUAACAUUUAUGAAAGGAGUGGUAUCAGCUCCUCUGAAUUUUCCAGGAACUGCAUAUAGAAAAGCCUUGCAGUCUCGAUCGACUAUCCUUCAAUUCAUUGAGAUAAGAAUGGAGGAGAGGAUCAAGAACGAGUGCAAAGCGGAAGAUGAUCUACUUGGAUGGGUGCUGAAGAACUCUAGUCUCUCUAAAGAGCAAAUUCUUGAUUUGGUGCUAAGCUUACUCUUUGCUGGACACGAGACUUCAUCUGUUUCCAUAGCAUUAGCCAUUUACUUCUUGCAGAGUUGUCCUAAAGCAGUUCAAGAAUUAAGAGAAGAACAUGAAGAAAUUGCUAAAGCCAAGAAGCAAUCGCAACAGAUGGAAUUGAACUGGGAUGACUACAAAAAGAUGGAAUUUACCCAAUGCGUUGUCAGCGAGACUCUAAGACUAGGCAAUGUAGUGAGGUUUCUGCACAGAAAAGCCCUCAGAGAUGUACGGUAUGGAGGAUAUGACAUUCCAUGUGGGUGGAAAGUGCUACCGGUAAUUGCAGCCGUGCAUUUAGAUCCUUCACUUUUUGACCAACCUCAGCAUUUCAAUCCGUGGAGAUGGCAGGAUAGUCGGGGAUCAUAUGCCCAUGGCUCAAGCACGGCGACAAGCAACAAUGACUUCAUGCCAUUUGGGGGAGGACCACGACUUUGCGCUGGAUCUGAAUUAGCCAAACUGGAGAUGGCAGUUUUCUUGCAUCAUUUGGUCCUCAACUACCAUUGGGAAUUAGCUGAUGCGGAUCAGGCUUUUGCUUUCCCUUUUGUCGACUUCCCGAAAGGCCUACCCAUAAGAGUACAACACAAACCCUUCUGCGUGGAAACCACUCCUACUUCUCCUCCUACAUUUCCCUGGAAAAAUAUUUGAUCAUCUCCAAAUUAAAGGGACCUCAGGUUCUCACGAGUCAUAUCUAUAGAGGCAACAAAAGGAGUAUAUUUUUGGAGGCUAGAAGAUAAUAAAGGUUGAUGGAUGGAGUCUCUUGGCAUUUUCCAACGGCAAAAAUGUAAUGUGUCUUUGGAUUUUUAUUUCAAGGUCGGGUGCAUGAGAACAUCCAAUCCAAGGGACGACGAUGUAGACAAAUCCCAGUAUAAAGAUUUUCGUCUUUCAUAUAGUUUAUACAGGACCACCCCCCAUCUCUGUAAAUUGCUGUCCUUUUUCUCAUCCUUCGUUCCAUAUUUUUUCCAAGUAGUAAGUUUUCAUUAUGUAUGUUCAGACAGUAGUAAUUAAUUCUUUCUUCUUCUUUUUUUUUUU